GAAAGUAUUUGAAUUAAGCUUAAAGAGCAUGAUACACUUAAUUCAAGCUUAUAUGGCGAAAGUUUAACCACUACGCACAGUUAGUUCUCAUUUCCAUUUGCCUUUCUUGCCAGUGUUUAUUUUGAAAACAUGGAUGACGAUGUGCAAACGAUAUUAAAGUCUUGGGGAUGUACGGAAGAAGUAAUCAAAGUAUUUGUGGAUCAAGAUAUAUGUUUUGAGGUUCUAAAAGACCUUACCAUUGGAGAUUUGAAGGAACUUAUCCCCAAUUCUCUGGGCAUGAGAAAGUUGAUCGAGGGGAAGUUAUUGAAAAUGAAAAAUGAGGACAAAGAAAACCAACCUGUAAACGGAGAUGAUCAAAACACAGCUAAUGCUUCUACAGUUACUAUAAAUACUUAAACACGUUUUUUACAGAAGUGCAAAGUUUUGCUGAUUUUGAUUUGUACACUCUGUUGCAAACAAGUCCCAUGGGGAACAGUGUGGUAACAUACUAUCAAACACAAAAACAGCUAGAUAACAAAAGACGAACGAGACUUGUUGAUAUAAUCAUAAAAUACUUAUAUACUUAUAUAAUAAGAAAUCGCUUACGUCACGAAGAAUAUAACAAAAUUACGGCAAAAAUAAUAACGUUAUUUCCGACCGAAACAAUGGGAAUAUAUUAUGUACCAGCUGUCAGGAAAAAUGCGUCCCUUACAGGAAAACCCACUCCAGCUAGAGGGAAGCUUGUUGACAAAGUUAAAAAUAUGGUCUUCAACUUCGACGAAGCCACACCAAAAAGAAGAAAACGAAAACACGUAGACACUUCCGACAACGAAGCAUCUACGAGUAACGCCGCGCAGUUAUCACUAAAAUUUAAACAAGAAUUAAGCAAUAAUGAAGAUUGGCAGUGGAUGAAACACAAUAAUGAGCCCUGGACAGAAGUUUUGAUAAGAUGGGACAAUACAUAUAACCUACGUCAUGACACUUUAAACAAAUGUUCAAAUGUUUAUGAAUUCCUUGAGAACUGGACCAUACUACAAGAUCAACGUGCAGAUGUACUGAUUAACCAAGAUUUCAAAAAGGCUUUUCCAGGAAAAGAAAUUAAUUUGUUUACGAAAUGGAAAACGUUUUUUGAAACGGUUAACCAAGUAAAAGGCAGGCCCAACGAGGAUUUAAUCGAAUUAGCGAAUGAAGAUACUGAUGACAUUAUUUUCCUUAAGCAGUUGUUAAAAUUGCCCCAUCUGAUUCCACCGAAAGGGCGGAUGGUAACGAAAUCCCACAAACACUGGAAAUAUUCAACACUUGAAGUAAUAGAUGCAAUAGUGGUCCUGGCAAAGAUACCUGGAGACAUAACAAAAGUUGUAGAGGAAAGACGGCAGCUGGCUGCAUCUCGAAACCUAACCCUAACCCUUUUUUGCUGAUAGAAGGAUCCUCAUUUGAUCGCCCAGAAAAUUUUUACAUCAUUUUGGACAAGGUUUUUUUACACAUGAAUAGUGAACAAAAGGCGUUUGACGCUCUUUUUAAGCUUUUCCACGUUUUUAACGCGCAGUAUCCAGUACAGGCCCAAUAUAUUUACACUCUUAUACAGCAGUGCGUUUAUAAUAUUGUUUUAGAUUGUGACGCUUUGCCACCAUAUACCUUGGAUAUUGUAAACAAACUACGCGUUGUUAAUGUAUUAGAUAUACCAGAAGUUUAAUAUAACUAUUACCCGUAUUGUCAAUUAAAGAGUAAAUCUUAUAAAAUUUCCAUUUAGGAGCUUCUAUAUUACAUACAGAGCGUGCAGUACUUACACUACCAAAUGAAGUGUGAAAGGUGUGGAAAAGACUAUAGUAAUUUUAAGAAAUAUUUCUUUCAUCUUGAAUAUCUUCAUAACAUAACAAAUCGUUUUGUUUGCCCAAAAACAAAUUGUUAUCGUGUGUUUCAUACAAAACUAUCUCUGAAGAAACAUUUUAAUAAUGCUCACGAACACUUGACCACUGUUCUUGAUCCCGCUUCUCCCUCUCUCUCUAUUCAGGGUUCUGUACUGGCAGAAGAAGAUCAUUUGGAUAGUUGUAAUCCUAAAAGUGACCAACCAAAUACCGAAGGUGAAAGAGUAG